UAUAUAAUCACAUGACACAAAUACCUAAACAGGAAGUGGGAUUGUUAGCCUUUCGCAAAAUAGUUAAGUCAAAUUUACUGAAUUAAGUAAUUCUUGGAGAGUCUUUUGAUCAAACGAUGUCACAGGAUCCUUGGCUACAGGUUUAUGAUGCCACUUGCCGGCUGGCCCAGGAGAUUGCUGAAAACAUUCACGAGCGGAACCGGCAGCACCGGACCGGGGGAAACCCUGCCAAGCUCAACAUGACUAUCAGAGCGUCUCUGCAGAGGCUAAAGCAACAGAUCGCCCAUCUGCGAGAGAGGCUGCUCACGUCCACCUCCACCCGUCGCAUAAUGCAGUCAGAAGGAGACAGAAGACAGAACCUCUUGGAUGAUCUUCUUACUCGGGAAGAACAGCUAGACGCCUCUUUUAAUAAGGAUGGCACAGAGCCCGACUCCUCAAGGUCCAGUCUCCUGACUGGAGGAAUGGACCCGGCGGGACUGGGGAACCCCUGGUUGAUCAAUGAGCCCGAGGAGACCCGGGGUCUGGGCUUUGGGGAGAUAAAGCAGCAGCAGCAGAAGAUCAUUGAAGUGCAAGAUGCUGGCCUGGAUGCCCUCGCCGCCGUCAUCAGCAGGCAGAAACAAAUGGGCCAGGAAAUCGGGAAUGAACUGGAUGAGCAAAACGAGAUCAUCGAUGACCUAACGCAUUUGGUAGACCAUACAGACGGCAGGAUUCGCAAGGAAACAAAAAGGGUUAAAAUUGUGGAAACUAAGUCCACUUCCUGUGAUUUCAGGGCUGUUACUCCACCGGGACAGUACUCCCAUUUCUACCUCUAUUCUGGAACUGUGCUUUUGAUGCUCCCCAGCUUGCAGCAGUUCUUCUUCUCUCGGUACGUCGUGUAGUAUAUCCCGUCCAGAAUUCCUCUCCCAGUGACCCUGCCACGUUUUGUACCGGGAGCUCAUGAAAAGGCACACGCCGAGCCUGCUGCUCUCUCUGUGCUGCAGUGUGAGCUAGGCCGCGUCCCCCGAGUAACAGGACAGAACUGUGGCCGCGGCACAUGAGCUGAGGGACGAGAGCCGCGGGCCGCCGUCCGCCGUUCUCGGGGUGCGUUAGUGUUGGGGUGGCCCUGUAAGAUGAAGAGGUCUCCUGUAAGCCUUGAAACGGAGAGCGGCAAGGUGCUGUCUCCAUAGGGAGCCUUCCGGCUCUGCGGUGGUGCAAGCAGGAAGAACAGGAUCCACCAAGAGCAUGGGAGUCUCGCUAACCGCCCUGAAAGCUGAUUGAUUGCUCCGCCAUUUAGCCCACAAGGUGGCAUCAUAGUCUUAAAGCUUUUUGGACGGAUUCUGGCGGAAACGGGGGUUAGUCUGUGCAAAUUCUGUAUUGUUAUGGCACGCAUCUUUCAAGGGCAGUGACCUCUGGAACUGGUGUUUCUACCAGCAUGUCCCAUUCGUGUGGUAAGAAUGCAGGACAAAUGAGGGAUGGACUGCACUCACUGUUUCCCACUAUAAUCUGCUGCCAAUCAAAAUAAAUGGUGAAUCGCAUGGAGCACUGAAAAUUAUUUGGCCCCUAAAUUAAAUGUUCACAUGCUGGCAUGUCUUUUUAUAGAAAAGCAUGUGUAAUGACUCAAAAUAGUAUGACAACACGGCCGGUUGUUUCCCCUGUUGGUGAUCAUCCAUAUUUCAAAAUCUAACCUGAAUUUUCACUUGUAGCGUCAGGGCAAAGUUACGACACUCCUGUGAUACAAUAGCGCUGUAAGGGCUCAUAUCUGAAUGCAGUGGGCAUAAAAUGGAUGUCUUGUGUAGAAAAAGAUUUUAAAAAAGAUGAAGGCACCUAGCUUUUCAAGCCACCUUAACUAUUCAGAGGUGCAGAAAUGCAAUUUGCGUAUGCAGCUGUUUAAAUAGCUCCACUGAUGCUGGUGGAGCCGAGGAGACAGAGAGUGGGCUAAAUGGCAAAGCCCUGGGUGCACAGUACUUCUGCCAAGGUCAUCCAUCACUGCUUUCUGAUGGUAAUUAGAAUUGUAGCUAUGGUUAAUAAGCCAGAACCGCGGGCGCUGAUUUGCCAAACACAUUUAAACAAUUUAAUUACAAAACACAUUCUUCAGAGCUGGCACAGUGUCUGCAGCAAUAUACUAUGUGGUAUUCCACUGCUGAAUGACCUUUCGACCGGGAAUGUCAGCGUGAGCGGUGUGUCUGAACUCACUCAAGUAGUGACCAUAAGCAUAUAAUGUGAGAUGUUUUGCACCUAUUCUGUUUGGAGGUAGAAAUAAUAACAAUAUUGUAUCCAAAACACACAAUCCUGUGUGAUUAGUGUGUCAUCAGGGUCUUAUAACAACAAAAGCUGGUGUUAAUGAAGACCAAAUAUAGCUUUUGUAUUGUGUUAUGUUUUGCGUAAAGGACGCAGAAUCUUCGAGAAACAUUAAAGAGCGAAGCCGCAAGUCAGCUCAUGGGCAAUCUUUCCGCUUGCAUUGCAGUAAAGAGCAACUGAAUUCUGUGUUCCAAAACUGAUGUUUCUGGUUCUCUGGGAGCCCAUGUACAUCAUUUUGUGUCCAUUCUGAAUUUAAUAUCAACUGUGAACGACAAGCAGUUCAAUGAAAGUACUAUAAACGCCACCGUCAAAGACAUGGAGCACAUUUUCUGCAGCUGUUAACAAUGGCUGUUGAAACAGGGCUCACAGUAUGUUGUUAUUUGUAGUUAAUUUAGCAUGAAGAACUUUGCACUGUGAUUUAAAUGCCAUCUGAUCUCCUACUGAGAUUAUAGCACCAAGGAAGAAACCUCAGUGUGUCAGAUUUGUAUUUUUGAAGAAGUCAAUUAAUGUGCCUGUAAGACAGAAGAGCUCUCGUGGAAGUGAGCGUCUGGGGGUGAAGUCAGCCUUCGUUACCAAGCACAGGGCCUCUUAAUCUCUUGACUCUCAUUUUAAAGUAGUGGUUUUUUACUCUAUACUGGCUUUAUUGGAAAAGGUAAAAGAAAAAUUAUACUGCUGGGGCCUCGAAUGUGGGAGAGCGCGUUUUCUGGGCCUGGUUUUAUUUGUCCAGCAAACCCACUGCUGUAUUGCCUGGGAAAUGCCGGCAUUGUUCGGCCGGGGGACCCUGGUAACAGGCAGCCAGGGCUCAAGCAGUCAGGUCUGAAGAAACAACAAGAUGAAGGUCAGCUAAUAUAACAGUUAAUUCCAUUUCCUGUUACCCAUGACAGCUGCGGAGCGUUUAUUUGAAGAUCCCAGACCCCGAGUCACUGCGCACAUUGUUAGGCCCGUGAGUGUUUUCUGCCUUUGCCAACACUUAAGGAUAUUAAUGUAUUCUGUGAGGGGGAGGCCAGGGGAACAGAAAAUUCCCUUUUCUUAUGAGCUCCCACCCUCCCCUGUUUUGUGUUUCACUUUUCUUUUCUUUUCUUUUUUUUCCGUUGACUCCCCGACUUUUGUUUCUCCUGCACAGAAGAGAAAAUGGCGCAUAUCGCAGAUUGGUUUUUGCAUUUUCACUACAGUUUUAGGACUUGUGAUCUGACCGACUGUUGCUUUUCUUGGCUGACGUGUGCUUUUAAAGCUUGAUCAGACCAGAACCGGACAGGCUACUUUGGAAAAGUGGACAUUGAUUUCGGACGACGUGGGUGUGGGCUCAUUUUUACACGCCUCUUUAAUGACAGCCCAACGGGUCAGAAGUUGGUACCCGAUCAUCAUUAGAGUUGUAUGGGCAUUUUAAGCCAUUGAUUCAGAAGGUCAGAAGAAUAUUUUUUAAAGCAUACUGCUUUCUCCUCAAAACUGGGCUGGUCAGAAGUGUUUAUUCAUCCAAAAUAUAUGCUGUUUUAACUCCCAGUUCCACUUGGGAGAACACACAGAACUUGCAGGAGUUUUGCUGCGAGGAAGCUUGAGGACUUCUUGUUUUCACAAAACGAAAGGAACCUCUGACCACUGUUGAGUAGGUGCCAUACCCCCAGAGCUGCUUGAAUGAACAUUAAAAGCUGUAAUUUGCGAGGUGAUUUUCCAGAGGUAAUUAAACAAUUAAACAAGGCCGGUGGUGGAGAGGAGGGAGGGGAGAGAUUGGUUAAUAACGUUUAAAAAACACUUUUGCACCUUUAGUCGCCAAAAAGGGAUUUUCACUCGCACUUAGAUAAAUUUAUAAUAUGCUCUUUAAUCCCGUAUGGAAAUGUUAAUGAGAUGGAAACGGCCAAAAUACCACUCUGGGCUUUGGAGAGCAGGGGAAUGAGUCUCAGACUCUCCAGUGGGGUUUCACCAAGACACACAAGAAGACCCUUUGUUUUCCUGUUUAAUAAGCCAGGGAUACAGCCUUUAAACCACAAGAGCACUGAAAGCGAAGGGGAGAAAGCGGGAGAGAGAGAAGUGGUGGUGGUGGAGGAGGCUGAAAGAAAGAAAUGCUGAAGGGUUUGUCGA